GUCGAUAACGUAGGAAAUGAUGAAAAAGAUAACCAUUUGAACGUUUAAGGGCUCGAAAGCAGAUUCUCCCGGUUAUUCGAUGGAGCUCAAAUUUUGCACAAAUUAUCUCUUUAUUGAUCGCACACAUCCCGAGCGAUGGCGCGAAUGAAACCUUGAACAAACUUUUGUCAUCGAGUCCGAAUAAUAAGAGUCAUCGUAAUGAGCGGCGUAUGCGUUAAUUUUUCACGUUCGUGCGUAUACCGUAAUACCGAGAAAACACGCGUACACGCAAAAUCGAAAAAAUAACCAACGAUUUCUUCAACCGCGAACGUGCUCGCGCCUUCUAUUAUUUCUCCGUAAUCGAAUCUUUCAUUCGCGAUUACGUGUCUUAUCCGACGAGGAAAUUCAGACAGGUUUGGUGAGAGGCGUAGUUUCGAAACGUACGAAGCAUCGUUUCUUUCAUACACAUUUUUCGAUAUUUUCGUACAGGCUGAGAUCUUGAUACAUUAAAGUCUUAUUAAAAAUUUUACGAUUACGCUUAUGGUAGAAGCGUAUCCCUUGGUACUUUAUAAAAUAUCUUCCUUCCAAGCUGCUAUCGAGAGUGAUCCGCCAUUUAGUCGAAUUGCGAAAAUAGGUAAUUUAUUUAAUUAAAGAAACUCGUUUUCCUUCGAAUAGGAAACGGGAAACGUUGAUGUUAUCGUUAACGGUCGAGAGUGCGCGUUAAAUUGUGCGAUCUUUCGCACGACCGUCUGCUCUGUGCUUCCAACUUAAUCACAAUGGACAAAUUAAUAUAGAAAUACAUACGGAUACGAAUCUAUUUAUCUUCGUUUCGUAAUAAACGUUUUAAACGAAAUGGAGUAGUCCUUCGUCUUUUGGAAGAUAAAAAGGCGGAGAAUUUAUAAAAAUUCCAAGAGAUUUUUGGAAUCGUCCUGGAGCAAGUUUUAAUCGUCAAAGCGAUCUUUGAAAAGUUUUAAUGAAAUUCGAAGCGAUACGAAUCUCAGAGAUUGUACGAUACUACAACUCUCUUUGUUUCAGGUUCCCUAUGCUUCACGUUUUUAUCCUGAAUCGGCCGAGCUAAAUUAAUGAAAAUAACGUACGAAGCGUCUAACGAGAGAAGAUCUUUAUUACGGCGAUGUUUAUACAUUAUUCAAGCAGCCGAGCGUUUAAUCGAGCGAUUUGAAAUUCCAGCGUCGAUUUUUCUAUCGUUGCCUAUGAAUACGACGAUAAAUAUUAAUGCUGCUCUGCGUUGAAAUCGUGUUAUUAAAGUCUAUGAAUUAUUUUGAAUUUUUAUACACGGUUAUUCGACGGCCAGCUUCAAAAUUUUAGCAUUCCGUGUUUUUUCAGGCUUCGAAACUUCGAAACUCCUAGCUUUAUUCCGAAAGUUUCCGCUUCAAAGGCUCUGGGAUAUUUUCUUUUUGUACAAUUUUUUUCGGAUAUAUUCUCACUUGCAUGCACGUUGCAUAGAUGAAUAAACGUUUCGUAGUUGGUAAAGUAGAUAUUUCUGAAUAUUCGUCGUUACCAAAAGCGUUCGCGUCGACUCGUUUGAUAUCUUCCAUCGCGAGUUUAUCGUUGCUUCGAUGUUCCAUCUCGUAGCUGAAUUCUCGUCGAUCGUGAUUCAAAGGAACGUUGUUCCAUUUACGGGUCGAUCUUAUUUGCGAUCGAGCUUCUCUCAGCGAGGACAAGCAAAGAAACAAAAUAUCCAUGAAACGUGUGGAACGAACACGCGGUAACAAAGCGACGACGAUUAAUUGAUACGUCGAAUAUCGGCGAAUUAAAUAAUUCGACGAGAGAACACGAUAACGAGACUGAAGUUCGAGUUCCCUCGAUUCGAAUAUUUCAAAUAUCGAUACUGGCACGUUCGAUGGUUGGGCAACUGGUCAAUUUGGUGGACGACAGAAAAUCGAUAACGAGGAAAGAAGCGGCUCCCUUUAAGGAUCGAUAUUACCGCGUAUAGAUAGUUUUUAGCGUGGCCAGCAACCUGUACAAUGCUGACGACGUAAUGCACGGUUUAAUUUUCUACCACGGAACGUGGAAGAGGUGGAAGCUCGAACAGGGCAACCAUCCUUGUUGCACAGAAAUCAGUAACUUUGUUAUCGUCGAUUCUUCGACAUACCCGUUUUUAAACGACGAUAUUUUUUAUUUUUCCUUCUUUCCUUCUUCCGCAACGUUGUGACUCGCAACAUACUUACGUUCUCUCUUAAUCGAUAGAGGGGCAAGAAUACAUUUCUUGCGGAAGAAACAGCAGAUUUGGUAUCAUUUAGGUAUCGAGUAGUUUAUCGUUGAAAACAUUCAAGUUGUAUAAAUUUUAUUUUGCUUUAUAUGCUAUUUUGCUAUAUAAAUUUUAUUUAUGUAAUUUACGAAAGACCGUAAUAUGAAAUACAGGUGAUAGCUUUAUUUCAAUUUGCUGUAGAUUUAAUUAAACCAUAGCGUAAGCUUUAACAGAAUCAAAUCACAAACGAUUCGUAAAAUAAUUUCUACUGUGUUGUGUCUUUGUAAUAACUUACUCGAUGAGCGAUAAAUUCCUUUUAAAACACUUUAUAGCUGGAUCGCAGAGUUUGAUGCAUUCACGAGAAACUUAAGAGCGUAAAAUGCACGUAAAACGAACGCGAUAUCAACGUAACACGAAAUAUCUAGGAAGAAGCCUGACGUUUUAGAAUACCUGGACCUGUGCACGGAUCCACCUCUUCGUUUGCCCGCGUCUUGCCACUCGAGAAUGCAGUCACAGUCGGCGUGCGAUUGUUAUUGCAAAACUCGCGUGCCGAUAGCGCGACAAAGAGAGGAAAUUCGAUACGCCAAAAGCGGUAUCAGAGGGUCAAGAAGCUCUGUUCGUCGAACAGAAACAGCGAGAAGCGCGAGAAAGGUUACAUUAGCAGCGGCGAAAGCGGUCAACGAUGAACAGCUCGAUAGCAAGAGAUCCAGCGCAACACUUUCGGAUUCGCCGGUGCUUAGUCCGGAAACAACGGCCGUUCUCGAAAACGUAGAAAAAUUGGUGAAGGACGCGCAGAUCCAAAUGAAGGAGAUAAGUAUGUCCGCUAAGUGCGGUCGCCUUCAAAAAUGCACAGACGUACAUCCAGACGAGGCGGCGUUCGACGAUGAAAAUGAUCAACUUUUGUACAUCCGUGAGCGAGUGGCCUACAAGUUUCAAGAAGCGAACGGCUGGAUCGACGCGGGGUCCAGCGAUCAUCGACCUGGUCGUGAGCAACGCGACGCGAUCAAAGCCAAGAGGGCGGCCGAUCUAACGGCGCCUAAAUUUCAAACUUCCGACGACCGUUACGAGGAAUUCUCGCGACGAAGGAAGCGGUACGUUCAAAGAUUCGGACUUUCCUCUUCGUGUCCCGCGCCCGAAGACGACGAGCGCAGAGACGAAGAUCGUAUUACACGUCCUCCGCCAGAGGACACGCGGAGAGACGACACAAGGGCGAACGCGUUCUCGGUGCGGAUGGGUCCUUCGGUGAAUAUCAAAGGAGACCUGGUCACCCAAAGCUUGGCAAGCAUUCGCAUCUCACCGGAUCCGUCGUUCGUGCAAGAAAGUCGCAACGUCGCAACUUACGUGGUUCGUCGUGACUUUCACGCCAAGGACGGCUCUCCGAGGAAGAGGGAGAAAGUCGUAAGAAUAGCGGAGGAUGAUGAAAGUAGGACGAAGGGGAAAUCGAAGAGGGCGAGUCGGAAAGACCGUGUGGAAAGUGGCGAUGGAUCGGACGCGGCGCGCGUUCCUGGGAAGUCGGAAAGAGUUGCAGCAGGGAGAUCCUGCGAUAGUUUGGCGAAGGACGAAAAAUUGGACGAUAAAUUGGACGAUAAACUGGACGAAAAACUGGACGAAAAAUUGGACGAAAAAUUGGGAGAUGUGCGCGAAACGACAACGAAGGAUCUCGAGAGCGAGGGGAACCUGGAGUCGACGGGUCGCGACGACGAGGUCGCGUUGAAGGAGAAUUUUAGAGAAACGAUCGAGGACAUUUCGAACGACGAACCCGAGAGUGAAAUUAUCGAGGAAGGGACGGACGAUUCGGCGAUGAAAAUAUCGGCGAGGGGCAACCAGAAGCAAGUGAGAUUCGACGAGCGAAUCUCGAAGAGGAAGGAAUGCCCUGAAGAGGAAAUAGUCGAGGAUAGGAGUCCGCUGCGAGCGAAAACUCACGAAAGUCGCGUCGAGUCGCAAAGUACUGAAGGAGCAGAUGCAAUUUGCGAGGAGAAUUCGAAAACACCGUUGACGUUCGUCGAACGUUUGAAAAGCCGACGAGCUUCGAACGAUCAACCUGAACGAUUCAAAGGCUCUUCGAGGAAACUUCAAACGAACGACGAGCAGGUUCCGUUAUCGAGCAAGGAAAUGGAAGAAAAGCACAAGACCAAUAAAAGAAGACACAAGGAGGUUUGCGAGAAGCGAAGAACGGAGGAGGAUGAGCGCUAUAAGGCGAUAGAUAAACGUUUCGCAAACAUCGUUCAAACAUAUUGCAACAGAGACGAGAAACAGUCGGGAAAUUACGCGGAGGACAACGUUUCUUCGUCGAGCGCGAUCUUCACGGAAGAUAGCGAGGAAUCGGACGAUCUUUGCAAUUUAUACGAACCUUCCAUGGACGAGCUGGACCAGGUGUUGCUUUCGUACGAUAAGAUAAUCGAGAGCGUCGUUCGAUCGACGAAAACGAUAGACAGGUUUCUUUCGCGACCGGAGCUCGACGAAUAUCGCGCGCAGGAUACGACGAGAGGAAAAACCGACGGGAAAUAUACCGCUGAUCUGGUUGCGAUAAACAGCGCGAAGAUCGCAACGGUGGAAACCGAUGGAGCGGAAAAUUUAUCUAAACAGAGUACGCUGGCUGAUCGGUUUCACGCACGCGCUAAACACAACGCGGUAUCGAAAGUAAAGAAGAACUCGACGAUUAGGUCGGAGAAAUUUGCAAAGCGGAAUGCAGCGAUUGAAUUUGAAAAUUGCGAAUUUGAUCAGAGUGGAGAGAUGGAGGCGGAAGAACGUCGAGAUCGGACGAAAUCGACGAUCGAAGAUCGACGAUUGCUAACGAGGAAUAAAGCGAUCGCGAACGAAGAACGGGAGCUUGAUAGGAUCAAACGAACGAAAGCUACAACGUGUUUAAAGUCGUGUGUAUCGACGAGAAACGAGGAUGGUUCGAGGAGAAGGUAUAUCGCGCCGAAAGUCUCGGACAAAUUUACGGCGCGAAUUUUCGCAACGAACUCGAGGACGAAGGAUCGACCGGCCCCUCAGAGGAGAACGUCGAACGAAGAAACCACCGGCUCGAGCGAAGAUAACAGCAGGAAUUGCGAAACGACGACCGGUACCAACGAGGCGAGAGACAUUUUUCCUCGUAAAACGCGUUUAUUUCGAAUCGUGAACGAUAGCUCGAGCUUAACCGCCUCUUCGAUUUGGCCGCAGUCCUCGAGUACGGACACGAAGAGCGCGAACGAUACGAAAAUGUCGCAAGAGACGUGGAGGUCGCCGACGAUCAAAGACGAGUCUCGCGAUGAGAGAGCGACGAUUCUCAGGAUAAACGCGCUGGAAUUGAAGGAAGGAGAGGUUCAGAGAGGUAAUUUCGAUGACACGACGUUGCGGAAUAUCGUUCGCCCCGUUGUCUUAAAAUAUGUUGCAGCGGAUGAGAAGAUCGAGGAAAACUUGAUGGCGCUCACUCUUCGAGAAGAAACGCGCUUCGUAGAAGAUAAAAUAAAGAACAUGCUGAAGGUAAACGAGAUAGUGCCUUUGAUGGCGAAGAGCUUGUUGGAGAGUUUGAGGAACGACGAGGCGAGUCGUGGAAACUUGCAGUUGCUAGUUUCUGGAAAAUCGUCGAUAUACAACGCGGUUUCGAACAACAUUCGUAUGGUCGAGGCGACGAAAUCGGAUGACGAAUCUGAGAAACGAGAUUCGCAAUUGGAACGUGCGCGGAUUGAAACGAACUUGAAUGAAGAAAUUAUCGAAAAAGAUAUUUCGAUAAAGGAUAAAUCUGAACGCGACGACGCUGUUCUUAACGAGUCGAUUCCUAAUACCGAGGAUCGAUCGUCUUUAAAAUGUAACGUUGAUGUAUCGAGAAACGAAAAUUCUGCAGAUAAAAUAGACCACGAUAUCGGAUUGGCGGAAGACGUUAAAAUAAGCGGUGGAAUUGAUAAUACGAAAAAGGAUCCUGAAAAGAAUGACGAGAAUAGUAUCUCGAAGAACGAUGCAAACUUGCGGAUGGAAGUAAGUGAGAAGGAAGAUAAAAGAACUUCGUCUAAUAUUAUUCACGAGUCAAUCGGCAGCAAAGAAUGCCACGUUGCUGAAACUUUAAGAAAUAAUUUGCUGCGGGAUAUCGAUGAAAGAAUGAAUUUACACGACAACGAGGCUGCUGUAAAGGAUAUUAAGGAAACUUCGCUGAAAACGAACGAUGACAAAGAUGCGAAGCGUGAUGACCCUGAAACAUGGAAUAAAAGAUUAGUAACUUCGAACGAUACGGUUAGUGAAUUGAGGAAAGAGAAAUCUGUAGAAUUGUGUUCGAUGGAAAAUCCAGGGAAAAACGAACAGUUUGAUAAUAAUAUUUCGCAGGGUUUAUCGUCUGAUUCUUUGCGCGAUUGCGCGUCUCUUCGAUCUUCCUUGAGAAACCUUUCGAAAACUUCAUCGAAUAAUACGAAACUUUCCCAGGAAGCGAAUGAACUUAAGCAGAUGGAAACGAGUAAUGUGAUUGUUGAUAAAAUAAGCAAUAUAAAUAACUCACAUUUCGAUAGCUUAUUCGAGAAAAAGAACAUUUUAUCCGAUGUGUAUGACGGAAUGGACAAAAAGUUCUUCUCUUCUACGUGUCUUGAUGCCAAUACCAAUUAUUCAAGUUUGCUUAAUCAACGGCAGAGUUUUUACAGGCUUUCGAAUGGUACGUCUACGAUAUCUACGAUAGAAUCGAACAAGACGGAAAUUUCGGAUACUUCACACUCCGAAGGGGAACUAUACGUGCCAAGUUCCGGUUCAUAUUCUCUCGGAGAAGUUCGAAUGUUGACAAAGACUCGAUCAGAUGGCGAAAACACCGAUGAUUUCGAUAAUAACGUCGCUGUUUUCGUUACGAAAGAGAUGUUGACUUCUUGGAACGAAUCUUCAAAGUCUCUUAUACAGAGCAUGGGAGAAAUUUAAAAUUGCUGAUUUGAUAGGAAGCGCGUCAUAGAAACAUGAACAUGAAGAAUGUGUAUUAGAAAUACUGCAAUUGAAGAUGCAACGACGGUGACACAUUCCUGAAUAUUUAUGA